AUGAACGAAAGAGCCGAUAGGCUGAGCCGUCUUCUUGCCUUGCAGCCAGAGUUCAUCGAUUUGGUGACAGCGGCUCUGGUGGAUUCAACUGCUGGAACCUAUAACGCUGCGGCCAAUUUCUUGUUUACCGAAUGCGAUGCGAUCUACCUGACCAGGUUGGCUAAUUUACCACCCAUCAUCCUGGAGUUUCAGACAAAGGUGGGACCUGAACUUUCUUCAUCGUGCCUUCUCCUAUUGUAUGGAAGUCUACAGAAGAUAUUUGUCUUGGUAAUCCGUACGAGUCAUUUCGAACGUUUCUGCUGGUGA